AUGUUAACAGGUUUUGUUGGAGUAGAAAUAUUAGAUGAAAAGUUUUGAAAUUUUGAUGAAUCUAAACUUAAAAAAAUUAAUGAUUACAAAAUAUGAAUUCGGGUUAAUAAUCCUUGCAAUAAUUACCCUGAUUACCUAAUAAAAGAAAAGAAAUUAUAUUUUAUGUUAUGAUAUCUGAAUAAGAGAUUAGAUUAGAUUAUUAAAGUCAGGCGUUAGCCAUAUUGGUGACGCAGUCACCAAAGACCUCCCGUACGGGAGGUUCAUCCGCUUUUCGACUCAAGCCCAGAGAGUCUAUCCCUCUUGCGAGUGCCCUUCCGGCACCUUCUGUCUCCUCCUUGCCUUAAGGCUUCAGUCUUGAGUGGGCAGCUUAUGGAUUUCUGCGGCCCUGCUACUGGCGAUUGGAGUAGCUUGAUUCCAGGGAUCAACUCCUUGGAGUCUAUCGGGUGUCGAAGUGCCUUUCUUCGACAGCUACAGGAAAAAGACUGUUCUCCUGUGGCCUGGGCCGAAACCCCCAGUUUCUCGGUAGAGGAAUGCCCAUGGGUCCUCGGAUCCAAAGGACGCUGUCGAGCACCUCCAUUUCCAACCACAGGAAAGCAGCCAAAACCUACCCCGGAUACACACCUCUAGAGCCUGCACUAGAUUCUCAGCUCGGAGUCCGUCCCAGUUCGCCGUAGCCAUAAGGUCUGGACUACUGCGCCAAGAGGGCAGGUUGACACGUGUCGCCAUUUUAAUGUAUAUAUCUGAAUAAGAGAUAUUUAGGGAUUAAUUUGGAUAAUUAA